AUGGAAGAGACUAGGGCUAAGCAAGAAGGCUCAAGUCACCAAGCAUCGGACUUGAAUCAUGUUCUGGAGGCCGAUUCCAAUAAACUCAUCAUAAAGAAUCAUAUAGCCAGUGGUAGUUUUGGUUCAGUUUACAAAGGUGUUUACGAUGGUAAACAAGUGGCCGUCAAAGUUCUUGACAUGGUGGGCGACUACAAAGCUAGGGUUUGGAAUGCUUUUAUUCAGGAGGUAUUGAUUUGGAACAAGUUGGAUCAUCCUAACAUAGCAAGAUUCAUCGGAGCAACCAAAAAGGCAGCAAACCUGACCAUAAAUAAACAAGGACGAGGUAAAUCUUGCAUGCCAAGAAUGGCUUGUUGCAUGGUGGCUGAAUAUGUUCAUGGUGGUACUUUGAGAUCCUUCCUCAGAAGGAAAAGGUGUAGAAAAUUGCCUCUCGAUACUGUUAUUUGGCUUGCUUUAGAAGUUGCAAAAGGGCUGUCUUACCUUCAUUCCCAGAAGAUUGUUCAUAGGGAUGUGAAGCCGGAGAAUAUACUUCUUGAUAAAGAAGGACGAAGAGCGAAGAUCAUUGACUUUGGGGUUUCAAGAUUUGAGGAUCUGAAUCCUGGUCAGAUGACAUCGGCCCAAGGGACUGUGGGUUACAUGGCUCCUGAGGUUCUAGUAGGAAGUCCUUAUGAUCACAAGUGUGAUGUCUUCAGCUUUGGGAUCUGCUUGUGGGAGAUAUAUUGUUGUGACAAACCGGAUUUCUCUACCAGCUUUAGGCCGAUAAUACCUCAGCAUUGUCCAAGGAAUCUAUCCAGGUUGAUGGAACGUUGUUGGGACGCAGACCCUAAAAGAAGACCGGAGAUGGCAGAGGUGGUGAAUGUUUUAGAAUCCUUAGAUACUUCCCAAUUGCCCAUCACAAAAGCAUGCAAUCAUUCCAAUGCGAAGUACCACAUCGAGAAUCAAUUCUUCAUCAAAGACAAAAUCCCAGAAAUCGAUGUCAUAGCAAAUAUUCAAAACAUAAGAGGAGAAUAA